GCCCGCCCGACGUCUGUGCCGGGACAUGGCGGCUGCCGGUGCUAGGUCCUUGAGUUGAUAGCCCGCUGAUAGUUGCCAACUGCCCCCGUCGGCUGUCCGGGCGGGCCGGGCCCAGGCGCUGCCGGGACGGUGAGGAGCCGCGGCCGGCGAGGAGGAGGAAGUGGCUGCCGCAGGAGGCCGUCUCGGCCGGCACAUGGCGUCCAUCUUGCUGAGAAGCUGUCGCGGCCGGGGCCCAGCUCGCCUCCCGCCGCCCCGCGCCGCAGCCCCGCGGGGUAGUCUGGGGCACCGGCAUCGUGCUUGUCUCAGUUGUGCCAGCACCGUGGGGCUGAUAAGCCGCCUGAAUAUUCCAUCUGGCUGCUGCUUUCCAGCCCACCCUGUGUACCUCUGCUUCAGAGAUGAGCCCCUCAGUGUUUGGACUUUGAGGCCCAAGCACCCACGCACAGCAGGCUUGGUUGUUACGGGACCUCGGUACCUUUCUAUUCGAGGCUGGCACUCAUCACCCCCCCUUAGUGAUGACUCUGUGGUGGAGAAGUCCCUCAAAUCCUUAAAGGACAAGAAUAAGAAGCUGGAGGAAGGUGGCCCUGUGUACAGCCCACCAGCUGAGGUGGUGGUGAAGAAGUCUCUUGGGCAGAAGGUGUUGGAUGAGCUGAAGCAUUACUACCAUGGCUUCCGUUUGCUCUGGAUCGAUACCAAGAUUGCAGCACGCAUGCUCUGGCGCAUCCUCAACGGCCACACCCUGACCCGCCGGGAGCGCAGGCAGUUUCUCCGGAUCUGUGCUGACCUCUUCAGACUGGUCCCUUUCCUGGUCUUCGUGGUGGUACCCUUUAUGGAGUUUCUGCUGCCUGUGGCCGUGAAGCUCUUCCCCAACAUGCUGCCAUCCACCUUUGAGACCCAGUCCAUCAAGGAGGAGAGGCUGAAGAAGGAGCUACGGGUCAAGCUGGAGCUGGCCAAGUUCCUACAAGACACGAUUGAGGAGAUGGCCCUGAAGAACAAGGCAGCCAAGGGAAACGCCACCAAAGACUUCUCUGCAUUUUUCCAGAAGAUCCGGGAGACAGGAGAAAGACCCAGCAAUGAGGAAAUCAUGCGUUUUUCCAAAUUGUUUGAGGAUGAGCUGACUCUGGAUAACCUCACACGACCGCAACUGGUGGCACUGUGCAGGCUGCUGGAACUCCAAUCCAUCGGCACCAACAACUUUCUGCGCUUCCAGCUCACCAUGAGGCUAAGGUCCAUAAAGGCUGAUGACAAGCUGAUUGCUGAGGAAGGGGUGGACAGCCUGAACGUCAAGGAACUGCAGGCAGCGUGUCGGGCGCGAGGCAUGCGGGCCCUUGGCGUCACAGAAGACCGUUUGCGGGGCCAGUUGAAGCAGUGGCUGGACCUGCACCUGCACCACGAGAUCCCCACGUCACUGCUCAUCCUGUCCCGAGCCAUGUACCUCCCAGACACUCUCUCGCCUGCUGACCAGCUCAAAUCCACACUGCAAACCCUCCCGGAAAUUGUGGCAAAGGAAGCCCAGAUGAAGGUGGCAGAGGUGGAGGGUGAGCAGGUGGACAACAAAGCAAAACUGGAGGCCACGCUGCAGGAAGAGGCCGCCAUCCAGCAGGAGCACCGGGAGAAGGAACUGCAGAGGGCCGCAGAGGCAGCAAAGGACAUUGAGCUGGAAGGAGUGGAAGCUGCCACCCCUGGGAGGCCAGUGGUUGAGCCAAAGCCAGAGGUGCCUGAUGUGAUCCUGCCUGCAGAGGCCCUGAAGGAUAUUGCUCCAGUGCUAGAGGGUGUGAAGGAAGAGGAAAUAACUCAGGAAGAAAUUGAUGUCCUCAGUGACGCUUGCUCCAAGCUGCAGGAGCAGAAGUCCUCUCUGACCAAGGAAAAGGAGGAGCUGGAGCUGCUGAAGGAGGACGUCCAGGACUACAAUGAGGACUUGCAAGAGAUUAAGAAGGAGCUUUCUAAGACCGGUGAAGAAAAAUUAGUGGAAGAAUCUAAAGCCAGCAAGAGACUAACAAAGCGCGUGCAGCAGAUGAUUGGGCAGAUCGAUGGCCUGAUUGCACAGCUGGAGAUGGGUCAGCAGGCCGGCAAGCUGGGCCCUGCCCAGGGCUCAGCUGUGGGGGAGAAUGUUGUCAGCGUCACUGAGCUCAUCAGCGCCAUGAAGCAAAUCAAGCACAUUCCAGAAAGCAAGCUGGUGAGCUUGGCCUCAGCACUGGAUGAAAACAAGGAUGGCAAGGUCAACAUCGAUGACCUCGUCAAGGUUAUCGAGCUGGUGGAUAAAGAAGAUGUCCACAUCUCCACUAGCCAGGUGGCUGAGAUUGUGGCCGUGCUGGAGAAGGAGGAGAAGGUGGAAGAGAAGGAGAAGGCCAAGGGCAAGGCUGAGAAGGAGGCUGCAGAGGUGAAGAACUAAGGGAGGUGCCCAGCUCACGCACAGCCCCGUGGGCGUCCUCUUCCUCCCGCACCGCUGCGGUGGGAUGAUGUGAGAGUGAUUGCUUUGAGGUGAUCUUAGUGGCAGAUCUAAUAUUUUGUCUGGAAUAAAUCAGAAACUUCUGUAAUCAAGUAAUUUUUAAUUUUCAUCAUUCCAUGAAGAUUAAGUCAGUCUGCAAUCUGGGAGCCUCCAGGGAGUUGUGUCUGGACUCACCUAGUGUAGUACUCAGUGGCCCCACAGAGGCCACCGACAGUCGCAGCAGGGGAGCCUCCCGGCACGUGCCUGUGCCAUCUCAGGGCCUGACCUGUGCUCUCUGUUCCCUGAGAGUGAGGACCACGUGGACUCCCCACGCCCAAGUGGAACUGGGCAGGUGCACCUCAUGUUCUCAGAGGUGCUGGGCAAGAAUCAGACGCGAGCACAGCCCUCCUCAGCUCUGAAGAUCCUUCAGCUGGUCUGUGAACUUUGAUUCCUAAAAAUCUGUGUAAAUAGAUCGUCUGUUCCCACAUUUUCAAAGUCAUCUUUGUGUGACUCUUCUCGACAGAAGCGUCUGUGACUUCAGUGGCCUCUGGAAGUAGCACCUCUCCUGACAGUAGUGUCCAUGUCUUGAGUGGAUCCUGGGGUGUGUUUCCUGAGCUCGCUCUUGAUUCACCUUCGGUCUUCCCCGUCCUUAACUGACUAGUACAGGAUCUCUGCACUUGAGAGUCUGACUCAGGAGUAACAUCCAGAAUGAACUGCGGGGGAGACACACCAGUGCAGCCCUUGAGAAGGAAUCAUUUGCUAGGUGAUUGCCACACUGUUGGGGUCCAAGGGUUAGGCCUUCACCACAGCCUGGCUGGAGCAGGUUCUCUGGGAGCACAUGUGGGACCCUUGAUGGCUUCCCUUGUGGAACAAACCCUGCCCACUGGAGGACGUGGCUGGAGGGGCCAUCGCCCACAGCUGGCCUCCUGGGCCAGGGCACCCAGAUGGUCUCUGCCCUUCAGCCUUUACAUGGCCCCACCAAGUCCUAUGAAGGUGGUCAUGUGAGUGAGCAGUGGCAUCUUGAGGGGCUUGCAGUGUGCCCCCCAUGUACUUAGGGGCGGGGUGGUGUCUCCGGGGCUCUGGUGGCCAGCAGCCUCUUCACACUUGGUGGCCCUGUCGGGGACAGUUCCAUGUGGAACUCAGGCCAGAGCUGGGUGUCCUGUGGCCUCUCCACCUUCCUGCUCCCCCAACAGCUGCACUUGUCCUUUGAGGCUGUGUGUUGCCAGCAAGAGUGUCCUUCUGGAGGGCUCCAGACAUAGGACCCAUGAAGCCAAGCUAGCCAGGGAGGGGGUUGCAGCACUCGGAGAUGUCAGUUUCUCAGUUACUUGGCUUUUUCCUUGGCCUUUAAAGAAGAAACUUGACAGAAUAGGAAUCCAAUUGUACAGUCUCACCUGGAGACACAGUCAGAAGCCAUGGGGCUCUGAAGGGCUUGUUUUCAGACGUUGGAGAAGGGAGUGUUUUAGCCUUGGAGUGAUCUUUAUGAGUCACCUGCCCACACUCCAGCAGCCUCUGAGCUGUCAGUGUCUUUCCUGUGAGCAGCACUAUGGGCCCAUCAGCUGUAUCCUCGUCCUGCGUGGCUUUGCCAGUAUUGUCAUCCCCUCUGCUCUGGAGUCUGCCCUCCCUGGUCAAGCAGCGCCUUGGGAUGUGGGCGCGCCUCCAGGUGCCAUUCGGACCUGCGUGGUGACACACGUAUGGGUGGGAGGUUCUGGUGGGUGCACAUGUGGUGUUUGCAGGCCCUAUCCCCAAUGCCAUUUUGGAUGUGUUUUGUUGUACGGAAUCUUAUUUAUUGUAGCCAAGUCGGUGUCUGGGUGUGGUUGUAAGGAAUGAUGGAUCCAGAAGCCAGGGCCUUGUACGAUGAGGACCUGCCAUGGUGGCUGUGUCUAGCUGUCCACAGGUUGUGCCUGCCCUGCACCUGAGCACUCCACCUUCCUGUGUUUCUUGGAGCUGGGGUGUCCAUGCCUGUGAAGCAGAGUUCCCAGCACAGCAGUUCGAUGCGCCCUCCUCACGCCCUACACACCCACUUCUCAUGCAGGCACUGGGAACCAGUGUGUGGCAUCCGGAGGCCAUUGAAAUAUCACAGUGUAGCUUUUUAAACGUGUAAUUUCUGAAAAGCAGCCCCCAGGUGGUUCUUAUUGUGCCCCUGGCCAGCAGGGUGGUUCCUCCUGGGAACGUAAUGGGGGAGCAAGUUCUCUGUCAUCCUUUCAGGGUCCCAUGGGCCCCCAGCCAGGACUCUGUGUAAACACUUUUUGUAGAAAUGGUAUUUUUAUUUUAUUAAAACAUCAAGGCUGUGCUCCUGUAAUAUUUCUGAACCAUUUGACAUAAGUCAGAUGGAAACUCAGCCGUCUUAAGUGUCUGCCUUCAUGACGGCACUGUGGGCCCAACACUCAAGAUUCCAGAGGAGCCUUUGUCCUUUGAGGCCCUGGAUUCAGGCCUCUUCUUUGUGGGACCUCUGAGACCCAUGUCCCCUUGUCCUAUGACACUGACAGGUUAUGCGGUGAUGUUUCAGACACCAUUCGAUGUGAUGAAAUGAUAUAAUAAAGUGCCACUUGAUGAUUGUC